CAACACUCCCCGAAGAGAGGUUAGCUGUGAUCAUAUCAUACGAGUAAAGAAAUCACGAAAUACCUGCGAUUGAAGUUUUAAAUUAAAAGUCACGUUCGCUGAGAGUAACCAAUGUCGUUGCUUCAUUCAUUUUGCAGCGAACAACGUGCUCAUACAACAGUAUUGUGACAUAUGUUUACAGAAAUUGCGUAGCCUGUCAUCUGACAGGUAAAUUUGUGUAAGAAAUAUAUGCCAAAUUGCAUUUUUAUUCCUCUAAUAUACACACUAAACAAAAAUAGUAUAAAUUAUAAAAUAUAUUUACAUAGAAUUCAAAGAGAAAAGAAUAUUUUGAAAACUACUUUUUGAUAUCUCUCACUUUCUAAAAAAUUUUAUAAAAAUAUGCUCAAUGCUCUGUUUUGCCAAACACAAUGUUUAAACUGGAAUCUUAUAUAGCACCAGUGAUUAUCAGUUGUGUAGAAAAGUAUGUAAAAAAUUUGAAACCGGAGCAGUCACAGGUGUCUUUAUGGGAAGGAGAUGCAUAUUUCCAAAACUUGGAUCUGCGAUCAGAAGUUUUGGAAGAACAACUAAAUCUUCCAUUUGUUUUGGUUAGUGGCCACAUACAUGGAUUGUUCAUUCAUGUUCCUUGGGUGAAAAUUACCUCUGAACCAAUAGUUGUUACUAUUAAUACAAUAGAGUGUAUCUUAAAAUUAAAAGAUGAAAAUACUACAAAAGCUAAUACGCCUACGUUACAAAAAAAAAACGAGACGGUGCAAGAAAAAACUCCACCUGGAUAUAUAAAAAAUAUAGUUACAAAAGUCAUCAAUAAUAUAACUAUUAAGUGCAACAAUUUGAUCUUGAAAUAUGUAGAAGAGGACAUUGUGCUUAGUGUAAAUGUGAGAUUUUUAAGUAUGCAAACUGUUGAUGAUAAAUGGAAGCCCACAUUUGCAGAUGUCAAUAAUCAAGAAGUUAUGCUUAGAAAAAUCAUUACCAUCGAAGAUUUAACGUUAUGCUUGGAUAAAAUGGAUGCAUCCGGAAAAAUAGAGAUAUAUCAAGAUCCCGUUUUAUAUCGAUGUUCAAUGACAAUCCGUAUGAUAAUAAAUUAUCAUAACAACAUCUCGAAAAGAGCGUCCGUUACAAGGCUAGAUCUUCAUUGUGAAAAAAUGGAAUUCAGUAUAACCGAACAACAAGUGCCAAUGCUUCUCAGAUUGGCAGCUUUACUGCUGGCGUUGCAAACAAAACAGUUUCCACCAUGCAAAGAGAAAUCUUCCACCAUUGUAAAUGAAAGAGAUGUUGUACAAGAUGAUACAAGUCAGAUAGCAAGUACUUCUACAGAUGUAGGAUGGGGAUGGUGGGCCUGGGAUCUGGUAUCGUCCGUUCUACCUGGUUAUUGGGACAACGAAUGGUCUGCUGAGCAACAACUUGCGUAUUCCAGUCAUAACUUUCAUUUAGGUCUUUAUAUAGAUGAUGCUACUGUAACGUUCAAGACUGUUGAAAGCGUGAAAGAGCAAUUGUUUUAUAAAUCUCGGAAACUUAGAUACAAAUCGUUUUUAUCCCUUCAGUUGAAUGGUGUUGUGAUCGAUACCAUAAUUCAAGGAAUUUCAAUGACAACCUUCCAAGUCGGAGUGGCGUGCAUACAACUUUAUCCGCGUGGGCCGUGCAGUUGCGGACAUCUCGAGGUUGUUGAUGGUGUACAGCCGCCUCUUUACGUAACAGCUGGGAACGUUAAUGAUGACUAUCUGGAGUAUUCGUUGUUCGAUAAGGAAGCUGUGGAAAAUAAAGGGGAGAAAAGAGACUACAUACUAUCGAUGUAUUAUCACUUGACGGCAAGAGAGGUUUUUAGCUUAUUCGAAAGAUGCCCAGCACUCGUGAUGGACUAUGUUUAUCGUGUGGAAAUACCCGACGAUAUCACGCCUGAGAAGUUACUCGAGCUUAGAUCAAAUUCUGAAUAUAGCAAUUUUAAGGAAUACAGAGUAACAAGAUAUGUAGGUGGAGAUAUAACAGUCAGAUUAUGUUCAGGUUUUUUUCAUCGUAUCGAUACAAUUAAAGAAGCUGCAGCAAAAUACGAUUACAAUCCGUAUCUUGUAAUCAAACCAGAUCCUCUUAUUGACGAGCUUUCUCACUUUCAUUCUGAAGAGUGCACAGCGCUUUGGAAAAACUUGUCGACGACAGAAACUAGAAUAAACUUAUAUAGAGCGUCGCUGCAAUUGCAACUGGCAGAUCAUUGCGUUAGGGGAAUUCCACGGAAACGUAAAAUCGUCGAAUUUCGGAUUACUCCACUAUCUCCGGCUCUUACGGAUGAUCCUUUCGUAAGCAUCGAAUGCGAUGAAGUAAACGCUACUCUAGUGCAGCCUAUGUAUCCGUUUAGACUCGUAGCUUGCGCAUCAAAAGCGAAAAACCUACCACCAGAAAUGUUCACUCACUGUCACGCAAUCACUAAUAUAAAAGUGACAGGAGCAAAAAGUCAACUUCAUUUAACGAAAACCUGCGAUACUUCGAUAGUAAUGCCUUAUUCAGUGGAAGCUUCGUCGAAGCUAUUAGUAUAUCCGCAAUAUUGGCGAAAUGUAGAUAUGGUUUCGAAAUCAUACUCUUUCCGAUCGGACAGUAUUACCGUCACGGGAACUAAAGCAAAAUUAAUGGCAGCAGUGUCUAUAGUAACUUCAGUUUUUAGUCCUGCGGAUGCAGCAAAUUUACUUACGUGUUCUACGUUAUUUAACGAUGCCUGUCAGGAAAAAUGUCCGGUGUAUCUAGAAUUAUACUUGGAAAAUAUAAACUGCAAGAAUGUAUUGUCUUCGGGCACUAUAUCAAGCAAAGUAAACAUACAUUCUGUAAAAAUAUUUGCUCUCAAUGAUUCUCAACAAACUAUUAUCUUGUCCGGACCCGAAAAUUGUAAUGGCAGCGAUACAGAAAAUGUACCGCUUUUCUCUGCCGUAGUGCAGUUUCCGAAAACGGUAGAACAACAAACACACCCGUCUCUUGUUUCGUUCAAAAUUGCCGAAAUCAGAGCCUCGUUGGAUCCACUUUUUCUCGAGUGGCUAGAAUACCGUGCCACUUAUCACAAAUCGGGAAGUGCGCCCGUUCUUCGUUCCAAUAGUCGACAAUUGGUUACCGAAACGUCAUCCGACACAGCCACGCGGAAGAAAACAUUUCCAAGUCUUCAUGAGAGCGUGCACAGUUCAUCGGAUAAAGAUAAGAAAAAAUCAGCUGUGACGGAAAAGUCGAAGACGCUACGAAAUGAUGAGGCGCAAAAGAAAAGUGAAUCCAAACUGGAAGAGCAACAGCAAAACUUACAGAAAACAGGAAUAUUAGUCAAAUUAGCAGAGUCAUAUUCAUGGUGGUGCAGCCUUGUGUUAAGCGGUUACGUAGGGCAUAUAAUUAUAUACAUUCCAUCUGAAACAAUGAGUGGUAUUGGAGCUGAUGGCAUAGAAAAAGCCAAAGAUAGAGCGUUAGCCGAGAAUCAGGAUCUACAAAUAAUGAUAGUAAAAUUACCAAGUCUUCAAAUACAUUCGUCUAACGUGAACGCUGAGUCACUUAGCCCGUAUCUGCGAACUCUUCCCGUUAAAUUACAAGAAUCUAUGUGGACACGUCACGUACAAAGUUUUCCAUGGACGUUAAGUCUUAUCGAUUUUCAUUGUUAUACAUUGCAACAACAGAUACAAAAGAAUUUUAUAAAGAAAGUAACAUUAAACGCCACGGUAGCUCUCACAACUAAGACAGCUACAACUCAAUCAAAUACACUUACUGCUUUAAGCGUUUGUGUGCACAUUGACAAUUCUCCUAUUAUUGUUUCACUUUCGGAAGAACAGGUGAUUUUUAUGAGAAAUAUAGCAUUAAAUAUUAUAAAAGUAUUACGAACUCAGUGCAAUUCUCAAGACGACGUCGCAAUUGCGUCACAGAUAAGCAAUGACACGCAAAUUGUUCUUCCUAUUAUACCCCAAACUUCGUCUUCUCCGACUCAAAUAACGUAUCAAGAAGACACAACUACCAAUUCGACCGUGUCCACAUCAAAAGAUGAUCAAGGAUGUGAAAGAGAUGGUUUAGUCAUAACAGCGUGGAUUCAGUGGACCAUAACAAAAGUAGCAGUGAAAUUGUACAUUAUAAGACAGAAUACAUCCUCUUUAAAACUGAUGUUAGAACUGGAAGAUAUUAUAACAUCCUUGGAUUUGCAGUCAGUUUACAUGCAACUAAAAAGCAAAAUAACUACAGCUACGAUAUUUCAUUACGUUAGAAGUCCACGCGCAUUGAAUUGGGACGUCGGUGAUUAUGCCGGGCUAGUACUUUGCGGAAGAGAAGACAGCUUGGAAAAAGGCGACGAUUCUGGUUUCGUGAGUUUUACGCUUACUCGCGCAAAGUCGGGAAAUGUGUAUACACGCUGGGGUACUCAUAAACGUCAAAAGUCUCAAAAGAAAGAAUUACUGGUGGACUCCGCAUUAUCCAGAAACAGCUAUAUUUCCGAAAUAUUUAUCAAAAUGCAAAUGGUCGAUGUGAUUUUACCACUUAGUGUAAUUAGCAAUUACACCCAAUUGAUACAAUCUUUUGCGUUGCUUGGUUCGUCUAUUGAGAAGAGCACGGAUGUUGCUCGUAAAAGUGCGAGCACACCGUUAAUCGGUAUAACCAAUUUGAAUAACGAGUCAUUACCCCUGAUUCACUUGGAGUUCAAAGGUUUCCGACUCAUGUUGCCAGUUUUAACUGACACGAUUAAAUUGCAACAUGAUUUGUUAAUGCUUCAGUUGGACGGAAUUCGUAUCACACCGGACGCAGAAAACCCGAUUUGCAGAACUCCAUUGCGAACUGAUAUUUAUCAGUUGGCAGCUCAAGCAAACAUAUUAAAUGUCCCAGGUUCGGCUGUGGAAGAUCGCCAAUAUCAAAUUAGCGUCAAAGGAGUGUGUGCAUACACUACUACGUGGAAGAAUUACCAGCUAAGCAUUAAUAAGAGAAUGUCUCAAUCAUAUUUGUACACAAUGAAUGAGAAUCCUGCUCUGGAAUGGAACAAACUCGGAAACGGAAGUAGCUUAGAUCCGUAUUUCUCUACGUCUCCCGUAUUAACAAAAUUUGAUCUCUGUUUAAUUAUUGCACCGGCUGUCACAUAUAAAACAGAUACGAUAGUCUGCGGAAGCGCCAUGGAAGUGAAUUGCAUUACGGACAUAGAAUUGAUAAUAAAUUUAGAUCAAAUUAAGUUAAUAUCGGUACUUAAUAACGAAUUUAUGACGCUAUUGUCCGAAAGUUUCGAAAAAGCGGAGAACAAGAACGAUUCAAACAAUCUAGUGCAAAGAGUUUCUUCGGGAUCUCAAAGCGUUAAACCUGUCAGUUGUCUGAAACAAGUGUCGGAUGAUUCGGAACUUGACUUUGCAAAAGAUAGUGGUGUCGAUUUUGAGAUGUCUAGUAUGCACUCGGCAAUAAUUGGAAAACCUGGAGUCGCCAAAGCUAUGAUAUUUCCACCGUUUGAAUUUUUAGUAAAUUGUGGGAAGAUGACGUUUAUUCUUUAUGAAGUUCAGAAUACAUUCUCUGAUUUAGAGGAUGAUGUAGAUGUACAUAAAAUUGACACAGAAGACGAUAACAAUAACAUAAAACAGCCAUUGCUUUAUUUAAUGAUCAAUCAACCAAACAUUUAUUUCUCCCAGCAAUAUUUGUACAAGAAAAUACAAGUAUCUUGUUUCGAUAUUACGAUAGCACUUGGCGAUGCACAAUCUCUGAAUACGAUACCGACUGAAAAAGAUUUCAAAAUUUACAUGAUAGAAACUAAACACGGCGAUCCGCAUCCAGAUACGGGCAUUCCGCCUUCCUUCGUGACAAUAAAAUCGGAAACAAUUUUAGGGAAAAAUCGUCAGGUUCUUGUUGAAAUGGGACGUCCGACAAAAGUUCAUCUCUCUUUAUCACGAAUUAAUCAAUUGUACACUAUACAAAAUAAGGUAUUGUCUUGUUUUCUUGAUGACAAAAUUGCGCAAGUGCCUGUAGAGGAAAAAGAGGCUGUGCUCACGGAAAAUUCAACAGCAUCGACAAAAUCGAGAAAAUUCAAUAUACCUGAUCUGCAUUUAAGUACAAAACAAAUCGUGUUGUCCUUGAAGACUGAUUCCGGAGCAGAAAUCAUUGCUAGUUUAGCGUCUUUGAAUAAAAGUCUGUCGACACUUGUAAGACCAGACAGGAUAUAUUCAAAUCUAUCUAUAGAUUCUUUUAUUAUAUCCGCAAUUCUGAACGGAAAUAUCAAAGUGCUGUUAAAUCCAUGGUGUUGCAACGUAACCUCUUGCUUGCUCUGGGAAUCUUCAUACAGCAAUGAAAUUGUACCGCAAAUACAGAUACAGGCGGACAGUGAAAGUCUCUAUCUCGACUUUGGACCGGAUCAGAUAAAAAUUAUAAAAACAGUCGUGCAAGAUUUUCAGUUGUUGUUGAGCGAAUAUGCCUCGUCUUCAGCGAGCAAAAAUAAAAAUGAAAAGCAGAUGGUAUUGUUGACCGAACAGCACUAUAAGGACGAUUUGAAAGCUGGUGCAUUCCAGUUCGUCGAUGGUACUGCAGAUGAAUUGCCUUUCCCUUAUCAAGUAGUGUUCUUUGCUUAUCCUCAGCAAGCAAUGGCUUGGAGAUAUCCGCAACCGCGAACGUUAACAAGAAUACAUAUAUCUCCUGUCCCAUUCGAAACAGUGGACGCCAACGGCAAUUACAUCGAUAGAAUUUUCUGCGUUCUCGAGUACUGGAGCGACAGUCACAUGUCGUAUCAGCGUUACGCUGACUUUUACUUGUCGGAAACGGAUUCCUAUCGAAUAGAACUACCGGAAAAAGCGCCAGCGCGAGCAGUAGCUUGCGUAUGGCGUGUGGUUAUCUUAUCGAGUAACAAGAGAUCGCUUUCGAAAAGUGUAGUUUCCGCUCGUGUUCUUGCGGCCUGUCUACGCAUCGACUCGUAUUUCAACCCCUUAAUAAUACCGAAUAUUCAGAUCGCUCUAAAUAUCGGUGUGCUUCAUAUAUCACUGUACAAUCAUAUCGAUACGACCGUGUACAACAACUUGCCGCCUCCAUUAGACAAAUAUACGCUGAACGGUAAAAUUCCUGAAAUACAGUGUUUUAUGUCGAUAGAACAGAAAAGAGCUAUUUUGGUGUUUAACAAAUGGAUGGACAAUUCCACGCUGGUUGAUAUUGGCGGUACGCUGAGCGUGCACGUACUGGAUUACAGUCAUUUAACUAUGCAAGAGGUAUUGGACGCUCUGGAAGGAAGAUUUCAGUUGUCAUUGUCGAGCAAAACGGACGCUUCAUUAACGUGCAGUCCGUUUACACUAAAAUUAGGGCCAGCAAUUACCCAUACUCUUACGGUCUCCACUCAUUUGUGGCUAGCAUCUUUCAACGAAGAGGAGAAGACCGUGAUUAUUCUAACGCGUUAUGUGAUCGCCAACGAUAGCAAUAUAUCUAUCCGUUUUGGUCAAAGCGGCACCGGGGACAGUAUACUCCUCGAGAACAGACAGUGCAACUUUUACUCGUGGCGGCAGAUCGGCAAUCAGAUGAUACGGAUAUCGAUCGAGGAACAGGCCUGCCGGCCUGUAUGGAGUCGACCAUUUCCCGUUAACAAAGAUGGGACCCAAGUGAUAGAAUUCAACAAUUCGACGAAUAGCGCGGUAGUUUUCGUAAACGUUACAUCACUCUCUGCUACUCAGAAACUCGUAACGUUCUCGGGACAACUUGUGAUUUCCAAUCAGCUGAUUGACAACUUCGAGAUGAGAUUGGUAAAAUACGAAGCCGAGGUUGGAUCUAAAGUGACAGUCUCAAAAGAAGUUUAUCCUAUACCGGGAAAGAGUUUUCCGUCAUCUAUUGUGCUCGAGAGCAACAAGAAGAUGGCUAUGCGGCUACGCUUUACGAACUUGACGCACUUAUCUUGGACCGGAGAUAUUCCUCUGCAACCCAACGUCAAAUGGGGUCAACCUUGGCUUGUAAAAGUGCCGCUACAAGAACGCGGGCAGUUUUUAAGUAUUUGGGUGCGGAUAGUGGCGCAGACAAUACAAGAGAAAGUAAAAAUCCUUGCGGUGCUGAGUCCUCUCUAUAUGAUCAGAUCGCAUUUGCCGGUACCGGCGAGAGUGCAGAUAGAAACGCCGUCUCUGAAGACGACAUCGUGCACGACAGUAAUCGGUCGUGGCGAGUGUCAGCAGUUAUAUUGCCCCGGUACGUUCGAACACUUCCAUCAGUUGACAUUUCAGCUGGAAUCCGGUGUUUCCGCGUCGAAUCCUUACGUGCCACUCUCGUAUAGUUCCGUGGACCAACGGAAAUUUUUCAGAAGACCCGAGGUUGAAGAUAUCGAUAAAAUUCUGCGAGAUCUCAAAGACAGAAAAGACGAAGUAAAAUGGCCUUUCCAAGAGGAUGACAUGGAAGACUGGAUAUCUGCGGAACAGCCGCAAACGCACGUGCAAGUGAAAUAUCAGGAUGCGGGAUUGGUUUCCAGCACCUUGUUGCUAGAACUGCAACCUUGGUGCUUCGUAAUGAAUUCGCUGGGCUGUCACAUCUCACUGGUGUCGGAAGACACGGAGCUGUGCCAAAUCCCUCACUACGGCAUCGUUACGCCACCUAAAUUAGAAGGUACGUUCUACGUGGGUGUCGGAAUCGGUGACACUUAUUACACGUCCCAGACAUUGCAACUGACGCGACCCGACUGGAACCAGGGCUUUUACAUGCCUCGGAUUAACGGCCUCAUACCAGUUGAAGGAAACAUUAAGACAUCUGUGGACUGCGGCACAAGCGUGUCGAUAUUGAACAUUGGCUCCUCCAUGCACGAGGACAUGCGUCUGGUGCGGAUUACAAGCAGCCACGUGAUCGCCAAUUUGACGACUCAAGAAUUGUGCGUUGCUACUCUGGCGGUGCACGAAGAGGCGAAGGAUCUCCAGUUGCCUCACGAUCUCACUCCCUGCAGCCUGAAUAUUUUACCAUCUGAGGAUCAGAGACAGGGUACUCCGAUUGUGCAGUGGUAUACACUUUACACUGAAAGCAACGUAGAACCGCUUGUGUUGUACGUAUCUUUCAGCCUCGGUCACAGAUGGUCCUGUCCAAUUAGAGUAGAUCAAACUAUGAGCCGCAAAUCUGUUGCGAUUCCGAACGGCUCCUCCUCCAUGCCAAUUAUCGUGACAACGCAGGAGGACAAAGAUAUCACGUUUAUCGUGAUACACGUCGACGAUCAUCCGCAAUUGUUGAUCGAAAACGCUUGCGGCUUUAAAGUUCUACUCGGCCAAGCCGACGAAAGCGGGAAUAAAAUUUUAUCUGACAGCGCGCACUUUUCGUGGAUAUGCGAAAUCGACAGCGGAGCGACGUUCCAUUAUUCUCUGCCCUGUGUCAGUAGCAGAUUGCCCGAUACUGCUGUGCCCAGCGCGUCGAAUGUGUUGUUAUUUUCCACCGUGCAAAACGAUCAGGCGGCAAGAAAGGGGAGCUUAAAGUGGUCGAGAGGCGUAAAUCUCUCCGCGUUGUCAUCCACACCGAUAGAUCAGUAUCUGCGACUACCUUCGUACGGAGACGUAAAGCUCAUAAUGCAGAAUUGUUGUUACACUAUUCACAUCAGCAUUGUGCCCAUCUCUCAAAUCGAAAUAUCUGCUCAAGAUAUCAGAAGCAGAUUGUUGCGGAAGAAGAACACGGCGAAGGAUUACGAUGCAACAUACGACGGUUUUUCCCCAUUAAGAUCAGAAGAAGAAAAAGUUUUAGCGCACAUACAGAGCUCAAGUAGUUCAACAUCACUGACGAGUUUUUUCUCAGCCGAAGAAGAUGCCUUGCCCGCGGAACAGAUUGUUGCAUCGAGUGCGAAACAAUUAAUAUCGAAAUCGACAGAUACGAAACUUUGCACUGAUGAAAGUCAAUCGAAAUCUAUCGGUAACGUCAACUCGAGCAGUCGCAAGGAAGGCUCCGCAACGGUUUAUCUGCGCGCGUGUACCAUCGUCAUUCUUCAUGACAUCAAUGAAAACGCGCAAAGAAUCGAAGUCGCAAGCUUGUCCAUGACGGACGUGAUUGUUACCUUAAAUUCGAAGGGCCGAUUUAUUAAUCUAUAUUGUUACAUAAGCGACUUGCAAUUGGAUAAUCAAUUGUUUGAUCAAGGAGGUUUCGAUUUUCCUGUGGUAUUAAUAAGCCAGAAUCCGUUGCCAAACAGAGAACAACUGGUGUUUUACAGUAAUAACUGUUUAAUGACGAAUCUGGAGAAGAUCAAACAAGAUUCUUUAAUAGCCAUCGAGUAUGUCUUGGAACUAAAUGGAAAUAUGAUGGCAUCGAAGGAAUAUCGCAUGAAAAUUGCGCCUAUUAGCGCAUAUAUCGAAGACACGUACGUAACGCAGUUAUUGGAUUAUGCAACUUCGAUGAUCCCACCUCGUUUAGUAUUGAAUGAUACUUCUAAAAAGAUACAAACUGUAGUAGUGUCAAACGCGGUGUACAUUCCAGACUAUAUUAUGAUUGACUCAAAGAUCUUGAGCAAGCCACUGAGACUGCAAACAUUCGUGAUAGAACCACUGUCCAUUUUAUUAAGUGUUCAUACUUCUGUAAGACUCUACGUUGCCUUGGAUCAUUCCCCGUUGUAUUUCGGCACAUUUGAAAGAAAAAAUCUGCUAACCACUCCUUACAGACUCGGUAAUACGCUCACAAUGCAUUACUUAUCUGGCGCCAUAUUCGGAGCAGGUUGGAUAGUUGGGUCACUAGAAAUACUUGGAUCACCAGGAGGUUUAGCGCAAGCUCUUGGAUCUGGUCUCAGAGAUUUCGUAUCGCUCCCGUUUCAAGGACUGUUGCAGGGCCCAUGGGGCUUUAUUGUUGGAAUCACACAUGGAUCGGCUAGUUUGAUGAAACAUGUGACAGCAGGUACUGUAAAUUCCGUAACGAAACUAGCAUCCAGCGUAGCACGAAAUUUAGAUCGUCUAACAUUAGACGAGGAGCAUCUUCAGCGACAAGAGGAAUCGCGCAGGAUGCGUCCUCAAGGCAUGGCGCAAGGACUUUAUCAAGGCUUGACUGGUUUCGGAAUGAGUCUACUUGCGGCUGUGGCUGGUUUGGCACAUCAUCCUUUACAGCAAGUGUGGUCAGGCGAGGCGACAACCAAAAGUUUAGUCACUGGGGUUGGACUCGGCCUAGUUGGCGUCGUUACCAAGCCGUUAAGCGGCGCUGCAGAAUUGGUCGCUCUUACCGGACAAGGGCUGUUACAAGGAGCUGGAUGGAAUUCACUGCCUACACCGCGUCAAAGAUCAAUUGUGCAAUAUACUACCGGCAACAGCACAUCUGUACGAUAUAUCUGGCGUUUGUCGUCCUUACUCGAUCACAGUCAUGACAGUAUUCUUCACGUGACCAGUGCGGACUACGUAAUCCAUCAAGGCAGUAAUCGCGCGGUAACGCUAGUUCUCACGCGACAAGCUCUAUUGCUUGUUAACAUGGCGGAAGACAGCGUAGAACGGAUAUUUUCGCUGAAAGAGCUUACAAGUGUCGAUCACAUCACAGAAUCCACGAUGUUAUGCUUGUAUUGUCCACCAGCUGCGACGCAAACCAGCAGACCGUUAUCGCCGACUGAACACGAGAUGAAUCAAGAAAUGAGGGCGCGAGUUGAAGAGUACGUACGAACAAGCAGUACUGGUUUAGCCAGCGUGUCAACGAACAGCGACAGACAGUCCGAUACUUUUGAGAGAGUAUCUCCGCAUCCAGAGCAUACGCUUACAUUUUAUGUUUGCCCGGAUACUCGAAAUUACUUGCUUUCGUUAUUUAAUAUUGCUAAACGACAAAAUCAAGGUUCAGGUUUCACUGUAUUAUAACGCAAAUGAACUCCCAGCCAAUUCCUUUUAAUAUGCAAUAAUCGAAAAGAAUCCCACCAAAUAACUGUUUUUAACAAGCAAUGUUUAAAACCAUGUCUAAAAACCAAUAUUUAUACAAAGUAACUGUUCAAACACUCAUAUUUUUUACUUUUAUGAAAAAACACUCAUUGCACACAAGUUUUUUGAUAGUUUUGUUUUAUAUAGAUAAUAUUUACAAAUUAUUUCUCGUUGAGACUUUUAUGAUGUAUAAAUUUAUAUUAAACGAUGAUAUGUACGCAAGGUGUGUAAAUCAUACAAAUUAUACAUAUAAAAAAUUAUUGCAAUUUAUUUAACAAAAAACUGCUACAAAA